AAGUUUUAAAAAAAAUUAAUUUAAAUUAAAUUAGUUUUACUUUAAGAGUAAGCGACAUUUGCCUUGAGUCAUUUUUUAUACACAAAACUCCAAGUGCAGUCGACAAAAAUUAUCCUUAGGAUUCUUUCUAUGUAUGCGAGCCGAGCAGAAAUGAAAAUCUUUGCCACAAAUGUUGUUGUUGCCAGCGCAGCGGAAGCGACUGCUGCGACAAGUGCAACACCCACAACACCGGUGCAACAACACCAACAGCAGCAACAGCAACAGCAGCGUGAAUAUCGCUGUGGCGCUCAAGUCAAGUACAACAAAUACAACAACAAGGCCAAUAAUAUGCUGCGGCAGACCAAGUACAACAGCAGCAGCGGCAACAACAGCAACAAUGGCGGCAGCAGCAAUGCGGACAAUAAACAUGCCAAGCGCCAGCAACAGCAGCAGUCACAGCAGCAACAGCAACAGCAGCAGCAACAGCACUACAACAGCAACAACAACAUGCACAAUUUUUCACGCAAGAAAUACUUCGGCAAUAACAAUUACAGCUGCAACCAACAGCAGCAGCAGCAACAACAGCAACAACAUGCAACAGCAGCAGCAAAGCUCUCAAACAAUAACAACAACAAUGUAAUGAAAAAUCAAAACCUAAUUGAAGAGAACGUCUGCAAGAACAGCAACGACAGCGACAACAACAAUAACAGCAGCAACAACAACAAUAACAAUGCUGUCACAAAGUUGCAACCAAAAUCAAACAACGGCAACGUCAAGAAACGCAACUCCCUCUCAUCGUCAGCUGAAUCGAGCAUGUCAUCUGCAUUUUAUCACAACUGUUCCGAGUCCUCAAACUCAUCAACAACGAACAGUAACAGCAACAGCAACCCAAAUGAUGAUGAGCAGCAACAGCAGCCGCAAGCAACAUUAUCAACACCAACUGAAACAGCAACAACAAAAGCUGCAAAGCAACAGCCAGGAGCAACAGCAGCAGCAGCACCAGCAACAGCUAACGCAUUGCCCCAACAAUCGGACAACAGCAACAAGGCGACGCAAAGAUCUAAGCAACAGCCGCUGUGCUUCUGGAAGACGAGCUAUCCACAGCAACCGACGCUGCAGCAGAAGGAAUAUUUCACCCGCUUGCUACAGCAGCAGUUGGAGGCGGCGCUGGCCACACAAAAAGAAACGGAACUGGCAAUUGCAGCAGCAGCAGCUGCUGCUGCGUCAACACCAGCAACAGGAGGCGGAGGAGCGACAGCAGCAACAACUGAUCAACAGCCGCAUUAUUAUCCAUAUUAUUGCUCGCAGCCCAAGCAGCUGACAAUAGCAUCAUUUCUGCAAAAGGAGCUGCUACCCGAUGCGGACAACACCAACAGCAACAGCAACAGCCAACAGCAGCAGCAGCAUCAUCAACAGCAGCAUCAUCAUCAGCAGCAGCAACACAAGCAACAGCAGCAGUCGGGCACUUAUCAGCAGCGUUAUCGCAAUGGCAGCUACAGCUACAACAAUAAUAAUAAUAAUAACAAUAACAACAACAACAACAACUACCAUCAUCAGCAGCAACAGUCGCAGCAGCAACAACAGCAACACCCGCAUCAUGCACAGCAGCAACAUCAGAAUCACAUGCACAACACACACUUUCGGCGCAACAACAAGAAGCUGCACUACGGCAGCAACAGCAGCUGCACGCCAACAACAUCUGCUCAGAAAUCGAUUGAGAUUGUGAACGCCAGCAACUACAAUGGGGCACAUCAUCGUCGCAUGCCGAAUGUUGCUGUUGCUGGCAAUGGCAAUCAUGUUGCCGGCAAGAAUGGCUACUAUCAGCUGCAUCAUCAUCAUCAGCAGCAGCAGCAGCAACAUCAUCAUCACCAUCACCAUCAUUAUCAUCAUUCGCUAAUGCCGGGCAGCAACACGCCCACAAGCGCCGAGCAUCAGAAUUUCUAUAAUCUGACCUAUGUGAAUGUUGAUUUGCCGGCAGCAACAAUGCCUGCAACAGCAACAGCAACAGCAGCAGCAACAACAACAGCAACAGCUGCUGCUGCGGCUGGCAGCAAUAUGCUGUUAAAGCAACCAGCAAGCGAAACUCCGGCAGCAGUAACAGCAGCGACUGUGCCUGCAGCAGCAACUGUUGCAGCUGGCAGCAAUCAUAACAUGUUUCUGCAGCCGCCGCCAACACUGCAAUUGGGCAUGCUUGGCCCGGGCAUAUUAUCGCCGGCGGCCUUAACGCCGGAUGCUAUUGCGACGACGCCGACCAAUAUGAUUAGCUGUGCGCAAUUGGACGAGGCCAUCACAGCGGCCGCUGCCAGCAGCACGGGCAACAGCAACUGCAACAUCAACAGCAGCAGCAGCAGCAACAGCAACAGCGGCAGCAACAACAAGAACAUGGAUCUAUCCAGCGUAUUAAACGUGCCCAGUCCCACCUAUGCUGCGCUGCCUUUCAUGCUGCAUCAACAACACCAACAGCAGCAGCAGCAACAGCAACAGUUGUUCCCGAACAAAACACAACAGCAGCAGCAGCAGCAACAGCAACAGCAGCAGCCACAGCAUCAUCAACAGCAACAACAGCUUUUCUUUAGCUUUGGCGAUGGCUAUAACGGUGCCGCCUGGUCCCAUGCUAAUUCGCCCUGCUAUCCUCCGGCCGUAUACGGUCCAAGUCCGAGCAGCAUCUCGAGUGGCUCGGCCAACAAUCGUGCUCCGUCGCAUCGCGCCGUCUCGCCCGCCUCGUCCACGUGCUCGCUGGCCAGCGAGUCUCAAUGGAGCAGCAGCCGCAGUCGUCUAACAUCCGCUGAGCUGUUGUCCGUUUCGCCAACGCCGCUCACCUCGGGUGCUGGCUCGAAUGCCGGAAUUCCGACAGCAAGUCAGCAGCAGAUGUCGCCCCAUGGGCUGCAUGCGAUGUUACCGUUUGGAAUACCACCACCGCCGCCGCCAGCGCAAUCCUCGUCGGCGGCAGGGGCAGCGCCACCCCCAGCACCACCGCCUCCACCAGCCAAUCACAGUGGGCCAUAUCAGCACUAUUGCGGCCCCAAUUGCGGCUGCGGCAGUGCAGCCAGCGCGUCCUGGCCAGCCUCUUGGUAUGAGCUGAUACUUCCGCCGGAUCGCUACUUGGAUCAUGCGCGUAACGUAGAGCUGACCAUACAGCCCGAACAGCUGCUGUGCCACAGCAAGUACGACAAUCUGUCGCUGGAGAUCUGGAAACGAUUUCGCGGGGCGCAGCAGACGCACGCCAAGUUCAAGCUUAAGAUGCGGCUAUGGCGACAUCUAUUCAUCUGGAUAAACCAGCCGAUGUUCUCGCGAUAUCGCAUCUGCCUGGUGGGCUCAACGAUUACCGGCUUCGGAACGGACUCAUCGGACAUCGACAUGUGCCUGCUGCCAGAGCAUCAGACCCAUCAACAGCAGCAGCAUCACUACAACAACGAGCUGCGCGCCGAGGCGCUCAUGAUCCUAAAUCUGUUCAAUGCCGUCCUCAAGGAAAUGGAAGCUUUUCAGGACUUCAAUUUGAUUGAAGCGCGUGUCCCGAUACUUCGCUUUAAAGAUCGCAUCAAUGGCAUCGAAGUCGAUCUCAACUAUAACAAUUCAGUGGGCAUUAAGAACACAUAUUUAUUGCAAUUAUAUGCGCAGUUGGAUUGGCGCACUCGUCCACUGGUGGUUAUAGUCAAGCUGUGGGCUCAAUAUCACGAUAUCAACGAUGCCAAGCGGAUGACCGUGUCGAGCUACUCGCUGGUGCUGAUGGUGCUGCACUAUUUGCAGUACGGCUGUACUCCCCAUGUGCUGCCCUGCCUGCAAGCCCUGUAUCCGGAGAAGUUCAACUUGGGGCAGCAGGAUUGCCUCGACCUGGACCUGAUAGAGCCGAUCGAGCCGUAUCAGACGCACAAUACCCAAACUCUCGGCGAGCAUCUGCUGGGCUUCUUCAAGUACUACAGCAGCUUUGACUAUCGGAACAAUGCUAUAUCCAUACGCACCGGCGGCAUUUUGCCGGUGAACGCCUGCCGGCUGGCCAAGAGUCCCAAGAACGAUAUACACCAGUGGAAGGAGCUGAAUAUUGAGGAGCCCUUCGAUCUGUCGAAUACGGCACGAUCGGUCUACGACCAAGCCACAUUUGAGCGCGUCAAGGCAGUCUUUGUGGCCUCAGCACGCCGGCUGGAGCACACACUAGAUCUGGCGGCCAUAUUCACGCCCAUUCAUUGUCAGCACCAUCAACGUAUCCUGAAUCAGCAGGCGCUGUUGCAGCAGCAAACCCCACCUACCCAAAUCCACUGUCACAUCCACUCACACACCCACCCACACCCUCAUCCACCCACGCACACACAUACCCACCCACACACACACACCCACACCCAUACCCACACCCACCCAGUCAGCCAUCAGGCACAUCAGCAGUUGCUGCACACACGCAAUCCUGGCGUGGCCUUUGCGCCGCCAUCCACACACCUUGUCUGAUUGCCAUCUAUGGAAGAUUUGCAUCCAGGCACCUCCUUACCCACAGGCUUACAGACACACACACACACACUCUCACACACCCCCAC